UUCCAGAGUUCUCAAGACAACAAAGUGCUCUUCCUGCUUCUCCAUUGCAUAGAUAUGGCCCUUGUUGCUGCUUCAUCCUCUUCCUCUGCUCAAUCCCUUCCCAAGAAGAAUGAUGUUUUCAUCAGCUUCAGGGGUGAGGACACUCGCUCCAACUUCACUAGCCAUCUUUAUCAUGCUUUCUGCGGAAAACAAAUCAGAACCUACAUAGACUACCAACUUGUGAAAGGGGAUGAGAUCUCACCAUCACUUGUGCAAGCUAUCGAGGAUUCAUAUGUAUCUGUGGCGGUGUUCUCUGAAAAUUAUGCUGCUUCAAGAUGGUGCUUGGAUGAACUCACCCAUAUACUCCAUUGCAAAAGAGUUCAAGGACAGAUUGUUAUUCCUGUCUUCUAUAAAGUCGACCCAUCUCAUGUACGCAAGCAGACUGGCCUUUACGAGCAAGCAUUUGAGAGAUAUGAGAGAGAUCUCAAGGUUGACCAACACAAGAUGCAAAUGUGGAAGCAAGCUCUUAAUGAAACUGCAAAUUUAGCUGGUUAUGACUCUCACACAUUUAGGGAUGAAUCCGAAUUGAUUCAAAAGAUCGUCAAAGACAUAUUGCAGAAACUGAAUCACAAGUACCCCCAAGAAGGGUCUAAAAAUGGACUUACUGAAUUACGCCGUAAAUUUCUCUCUCGUCUGCUAAGGGAUGAUUCCCUUAUUGAUACUUCAACCUCUUUUCUUGAGUCAAGGCUUAGUCAUAUGAAGGUUUUUGUUGUUCUUGAUGAUAUCAGUACGGAGGCGCAAUUAGAAGAGUUGAUUGGAGAACCUUUUUGCUUUGGGCCAGGAAGUAAAAUUCUCAUCACAACAAGGGACAAGCAUGUGCUUAGCAAAGGAGUUGAUGUAAUAUAUAAGGUUAAGGAAUUGAAGUUCCAUCAAUCCCUUGAACUUUUCAGCUUAAAUGCCUUCAGCACUAGCUUGCCGAUAAUGGGAUAUGAAGAACUGACAGACAGGGCAGUUGUUUAUGCACAAGGAAUUCCAUUGGCUUUAAAAGUCCUGGGUUCAUAUCUUCGUGGCAGAAGUGAGGUUGAAUGGAAGAGUGCUUUAAGCAAACUUAAGAAGAGUCCUCAUCCAGGUAUUCAAAAGGUGUUAAGGUUGAGUUAUGAUGGAUUGGAUGAUGAGGAGAAGAAAAUAUUUCUAGACAUCGUGUGCUUUUUUAAGGGAGAACCGACAGAAUUUGUAAUCAGUUUAUUAGAUAGCUUUGGCUUCUCUGGAGCAAUUGGGAUAAGAAUACUUCAUGACAAGGCUCUUAUAGAAGUCUAUGAUGGUUCAUGUGUUGAAAUGCAUGAUUUAAUACAAGAAAUGGGUUUACAAAUAGUUCGUGAAGAGUCUAAUGAACCUGGAAGACGUAGUCGAUUAUGCAAUCUUGAAGAAAUUUAUGAUGUUUUAGCUAAUAACAUGGGAUCAAAGAAAGUUGAAGGAAUAAUGUUGGAUGUUUCUCAAAUUAAAGAUGUACAUUUGGAAGCUGACAUUUUCAAGAAGAUGCCUAAUAUGAGAUUUCUCCAAUUUUAUUCUGGCAGCAGCUCAGGUCAUGUGCACCUUCCAGAAGGUCUCAAAUUUCUUCCUAAUAAGAUGAGGUAUCUAGAGUGGCAUGGAUUCCCUCUUAAAUCUCUGAGGUCCACUUUUUGUCCUGAAAAACUUGUUGAGCUCUACCUACCCCAUAGCCAUUUACAAAAGCUUUGGAACGGAGUGCAGGAUUUUGUGAGCUUAGAAGUGAUAGACCUCAGUCGUUCCAAACAACUACAAAAGCUGCCGAAUCUCUCCAAAUGCUUGAAUCUCAAAGUGGUAAAACUUGAGAAUUGCAAAAGUUUGUGCUCUGUUCAUUCCUCAAUUUUGUCUCUCCACUCGCUUGUUGAGUUGAACUUAUAUAAGUGCAAGAAACUUGAGAGGCUAAAAAGUGAGUUACAUUUAAGAUCUCUACAAGAUAUCAAUGUGAUGGGGUGCUGGAAUCUCAAGGAGUUCUCAGUGUCCUCGGAUGAACUGAGAGAAUUGGAUUUAGAAUCAACAGGAAUUGAAAUCUUGCACUCGUCUGAAGCGCGUUCAAGUAAAUUGGAAGAGCUCAAUCUUAGAGGCUCAAGACUUGUGAACCUUCCUGACCAGUUAUCUUGCUUGACAAGUUUGACGGUUCUUAAUCUUGAACACUGUGAAAUCAUUGAUGAUUUGAAGCUACAUAUCUUUUUUGAUGGCAUGUUGUCUUUAAAAGCAGUGUACCUGCUUGAGUGCGGUAACAUAAUUGAACUCCCUAAUAAUACUAAGCAUCUUCUAGGAUUGAAGUUGCUUAGGGUAUGGAAUUGUAGGAGGCUUCGUUCUUUACCGGAACUGCCACCAUCCAUUAACUGCCUAAUUGCCAUUAGUUGCAAGUCGUUGGAAAUUGUGUCAACUUGUAAACCAUCAAGUGGUGACCCAAUAGACUUC